AUGAAUAUGUUACAAACUACGCCAAGAAAAUCUAAAAAUUUUUCCAUUAAAAAAAUCACUCCUCCUUCAGUGAGAUAACCAAAGCUCACUAAACAGGAUUCUUUUAAGUCAUCUUCAUCAAGAAAUAGCAAGUCUCCUGGUAGUUCUACUUAAACAUCACAAACUAUUAUUAAAUAUGACAGUAUUAUAACCCAACCACCAAAAAUUAAACAUCCUGAUCGUAGAUAAACGUUUACAGUUAUAGAUUAAGAAAAAUAAUCUCCUCGUAUUUAAAUCUCAAAGAAAGGUAAAAGCAUGACCAAGCUCUUGCCAAUUUUUGAAAGAUAACCCAUUAUGAGGAAGACUGUUGUAUCUAAAACUUUCAGAGGUUUUAUUAAUUAAAUAUAAGGACAAUACAUAUCUGAUUAUGAACUAUAAAAAAGUUAGAUAAGAAAACUUGAUUUUAAGUUAAGAGGGUUUAACAUUGGAGAGAAAGGGUUUGAUGUAGAAUUAUAAAAAAUGAUCUCAUUGAUGGAGAAUUAGAAUUUAAUAGAUCUCUGUAUCCAUGGUGAUAAAGAUCAUAAAUUGAGAGACAUUGGUGUUGCGUAGCUUAUUUUUAAUUUUUAAAAUAACGGUAAAAGAAUUGUUUGCUUAGAUCUUAAAUUAAAUUGGAAUGAAAUAACUGAUAUUGGUGUUAAGCACAUUGGAAAUGGGCUGACUUAUCUAAUAAAUUUGCGCUCAUUAAAGCUUAACUUAGGUCACAAUAAAUUUGGAAGCAAAUCUGCAAGUUGUUUAGCCUAAGGAAUUAAAUCUCUUAUUCAUUUAAAGCACUUAGAAAUUGAUAUUACUAAUUAUGGAGAUGAUUUAAAAAUGAUGGAUGAAGGAGUAAACACAAUUAUACAGUCAUUUGGAAGUCUCAAACAUUUAAGAAAUCUUAAAUUUAUAGUUUAAGGUUAACAAAUAACAACCUAAGUUUUUGAUAGCUUGCUGAAUUCGUUGUCAUAAACAAAAAAACUUGCUUCUAUAGAAAUAGAUAUGGAUUUUGGAAGAUAUGAAGAAUACCUAGGAAUUUAAGCUUAAAAAUUGCAAUAGCUAUUAGAUUUGUGUCCAAAUCUAGUUAAUCUUAAAAUAUCCCGUAUUAGUUUGACACAGAACACAAAAUUGUAAAGAUCGUAGUUUUUCCUUAAGCUAUUCAAAUAAGAGUUCCUUAACUAAGUUUCUAUCCAAUUCACUAAUGGCUAUUAGUUCCUAAAUUCAGAUGCUAAUUUUGUUGAUUUUAAGAAGCAGCUUUAAGAAAAAAGAAAAACUUGUAUUUAAUUAAUUGGAUUUAAACAUGUAUUGUCAAAACAUUUAGUAGAUCCAUAAAUCAUAAUAGAUGAUUUAUACGAUGUAGAUACAAAUAUUAAAGAUGAAUGA